AUGUAUUCUGAACUUAAUUCGUUAUCACUAGUCAAUUUUCAAUCAGAAACACUUUUACAACAUUUAACAGAUGAUACUAUACUUCUUUGUCUUCUUACUGAUCAAAUCACAUAUCUUACAGUCGAUAUUACUGAUAAAAUACGUGAAAUACCUGAUGAAAAUGAAUUAAACAUGUUUACAUUGAUACCAUCUAUUAGUACAUGUUUAAUUGAUUUGACAUUUACUCACGGCACAGAAAUUUCAUUUUCUAAUCUACCAUCAACAAAUUGUGUAUCUUCUUGA